AUGAGUUCUCUUCUCCCAUUUUGCGAAGCUUUUGAGCAGAAUCCAAGCGACAAUCUGUCCAAAAUGGGAUUAGUUUUUCAAUAUUUCACAUCUGUUGAAAGUGAAAUCGACGAAAUUUCUCAUCUUUCAAAUGAUGUUGAACUAAAAAGGUUUUUAUAUCAUAUAUUUGCUAUCAUUGUAGGAGGAAACUUUCCUGCACCAUCACACGGUAUUGUUGAUCCAAUUUACACACAAAUUUUACAACAUUUAACAAUUUUAGCUCAAUCCAAUCCAGAUUUAUGCGAUAAAAUAGCAGAAAUUGCACCUUUCAAUACGCUACCAAAAAUAUUAUUCGGAAAUCAUAUAAUAAAUGACAGAAUUGCUGAUCCACAACCAUCGCAUUUACUUUCGUCAGUUAGAUUCGUCGCAGCAAUAAGCUGCUCACAUAAAAUUAGUUUUACAUCCACAACAUCAUUACAUAUUUUAUUUGUUUCGUUAUUUAGCAUGUUAAGUACUCCACAAUUAUCAUCUUUUGCAUGCACAGCAAUCAGCGGUCUUGCUCAUAAUUGCCCAAGUGCAAAUGCUUUUCUCAAAUCUUUACCUUCAUUUAUGACACUUCGACAAGAAUUAGCAUGUUUGCUAUCAUCUAACGAUCACUCUGUAGUACUAUCUGCACUUUCAUGUUUAACAUGUCUAUUUCCAUGCCGUGAAGAUACAGAAACACUAAUGAAAGCAGCAAUUCAUGGAAUUGUUUCACCUCCACCAUAUCAAUUAGCAUUAACUCUUGCAACAUGGUCUGUCAGAGAUUUAGCUAACAAAGCUUCGAUAUCUGCAAGUGCAACAAAGAAAAUUGUAAAUGCAUUAUUUAAUAACUGUGGUAUGAGUGCUUUAUCAAUUACAAUGCUAUUAAAUGAGUUACUUACAAUGGGUUUUGACAUUCCCAAAUUUUUAGUUGAAGAAAAACUCUUAGUUCCAGUUUUAAAUUAUUUUGUUCAUUCAGCUCAUGAUUUUGUAACAGCAGCAGGCUGCAACUUCCUUCGUGAAAUGUUUUCAAUGAAUGAUUCUUUCUCAUUUGGUCCUGUUGAUGAAAUUUUUGCUUUUGCGUUAUCUGUUGUUGCUUCUCCUAAUGUUUCUGCCUCUCUUCUACGCCUUGAGUCUUUAUUGAUAAUGCUAAGAAUGAUGAUGAGGCAAGAAAAGCAAUCAGAAUAUAUCAAGAAAUUAUUAUUAACAAAUGAGGAUCCAAUAUUUGUUGCAUUCCAACGCCAAAUAGAACGUAGUCAUACAUUUGCUUCUGCAAAUUUCUUUUUGUUCCUUUCUUCAUGUUUUGAGAUAAUUCCUCAAUGGAACAAAAACGUAGCAAGAUUAGUUGCAGAAACACAAUUCACAGCUUUAUUAGUUCAUGUUCUUACACAUUCAGAAACAAGGACAACUGUUGCCGAUGCAGUUUACGCAAUGAAUAUGAUAAUUCAAGGAGUUCCUUCAAAUUUUCGCCAAAAUGCUUUGGUUGAUACUGUUACAUCCGGAUUCUUAUAUAUGAACAAAAGUACUCAAGAAGAAAUCAAAGCAGCAAAAGAUUCCCUUGAAACAUCAAAUCUUUCCAUCAAAAAGAAAUCUGCUGAUUUAGAUGAGCUCAAAGAUAAAUGCAAAGCAGAUGUAGAGAUAGCCAGAAAGGAUCAAGAGACAAUGAAGAAAACAAUAGCCGAACACGAAGAAACGAUUGAAGCACUUCAAAAGCAAAUUGGAGGAAGUUCUGCGUUUAUGAAUGCAAAAGUUAUGAAAAUCAGUAAUUUGAAGAAGAAAAUUGAAGAACAAUCGAAAGAAAACGCAACACUCCAUGAAAGAAUCGAAGGUCUGAUGGCUGAGAUCGCAAGAUUGAAAGAAGAGAAUGCUAAACACAAAGGAAACAUCAAAGAAAUGCAAAGUGAAAUGUCAAAAAUCAAAGAAGAAAAUCUCGACAGACAAAGACUUGAAAACGAACUUAAAUUGGCAAAUCAAGUCAAUGAAGAGCAGAGGACAAAUAUCCUCAAAGUUAUGGGAGAUAUCGAUGCUGAGAAAGCACAUAGAAGAGAAGCUGAAACUCAAUUAUACGAAACAUCAAAGAAGUUGACAGAAAUUACUGCGAAAUAUCAUGAAAAUGACAGACAAACAAUAGAAGCUAUAGACCAGAUUAAGAGAUUUGAAGCUUUACUUGCAAGGAAGACAGAAAGACUGACGGCAACAGAAGAAAUAAAUCGUCAAUUGAGAGAUGAAAUUGAUAGAUUGCAAGAGAAGCUCGAAGAAGCAAUGAAAUCAGAAAAAUCUGCAAAGAUUGCAGCUGAAGAAAUGCGUUCUCGUGUUGAAGAACUCGAAAAUCAACACAGAGAGCAUGAAACACUCUAUAACUUCAUUCAUAGAGUUACAGAAAAAGUUGCAGCAGAAGAUGUCAGUGAAACUAUAAUUGGAUCUGAUUCAGAAUCUUUCUCUCUUUCGUUAACUUGA